AUGACCGCAUUGCAGCUUUGGAGACUAGGAGCUGCAAUGAAAAGUUUGUUACUGAGUCCCAAAAAUGGUGAAAUGAAGAUAAAAUUCACAGUUAGAAUUUGGAAUGUGAGGUCACUGUGGCAAGCUGGAACAUUUGCAAUGCUGAAAAAAGAGCUUGAGAGCAACCAAGCUCGGCACGUCAAUGGAAGAGGCGGUAGGGGAGAACACCGCGGCAUCCUCCACGGUGUCGACGAAAAUUCUACAAUUGGCGCCCAACGUAAAGAGAAUGUCAUGCCAAUCGACCUUGUUUACCAGCUGCCUAGCAACGUGACGAACAUUGGUUCGCAUAGCGAGUUUGUUGACAAAAUACAGAAAAGUAUCCUGAAGGUGCAUCAGCUGGCGCGUGAACAUCUCAAAGCAACGGCCAUGUACCGCAAACUGCGGUACGACACGAAAGUUACAACGUUGAAUUUGAAGCCCAGAGAGAAAGUAUGGUACUUGUAUCCUAAGGCUAAGGAGGGAAGGUCACCCAAGUGGAUCAGCCCAUACGUCGGACCAUAUACGGUCAAACGUCUGAUUCCGCCUUGCAACGUUGUUAUUCGAAAAUCGUGCAAAUCAAAACCAUUAGUAGUGCACGUAUACAGGAAUGGAACAGUGCACGUUAUGUGGGAGGAGGAUGCAGAAGAAGAGCCUGCAGCGACACGGGGCGAGAUGUAUGGCAGUAAUGAAGCCAGGAACUGUGCUGGACAAAGAGUUAAAAGCAGGCAGCGAUGUGAACUAACGGCGCGUCUUCUGCCCGGGUUUGAUAUGGGUCAGGGUACAAGAGAACUACCAGGUAAAGAAAAACUCGUUGCAAAAGCCAGAAAGGUGGUCAAGCAAUUUCUGGUUUUUGACAGCCUUUCACCCAUGGAGCCCAGCGUAGAGAAGUGUUUGGAUCCGGAAAUUACAGUGUCACAUGGUAAACAAUCAACAGCGGCAGUUUCAUCUGAUACGAAGAAUGCUGAAAGCCAGACGGAGAACUUAGAAGAAGUCCCGUCUAAACUUUCCGCGAUCAACCACACGGAAAACUUAGGAGGAGCCCGGUCUGAAUUUCCCGCGACCAGUCAGGAAUCCGGUGCGAUGAUGCACGAUAAGGCGUGUACAGAGGUUGCUGACGGAUUAUUUCUGGUAGAGCACAAGAUGAAGACAAACGCAUUGCAAUCCAAUUGGGAGAAUGGAUUUGCUGAGAUGGAUGAAUGGGAGCCUGUCAUCGAGGACCGGCGGGAAGGACGAUGCUCAUCAAACGUUGUGUUAAUGACGCCAAACGUGUUGGUGGAUCAAGACAGCGGAUCCAACGCGAGCAGCCCCUGCCAAAAAAAAUGA